GGGCAGGCCAUAGUGGCCCAGCCUGAAAUUGAGCUGUUUGUGCCACUUGGCAAUUCGGCCCGCCCGGAUCGGCCCGUUAAGAACUGUCCCUCCGAAACCUAAGGAGGGGUCACCCUCUUCUUUUUUCCCUCGAGAAAAAUAAUAAGGUCGCCGCCGUCCUCUCCUCGCCGGCACUUCACUGAGGGCGAAGAAAAAAGUGGCAGUAUAUUCUGCCACUCACCCAAGAGCCAAGAUCAUGGCGUCAUCUUCCUGCGUCCGCCUCCAUCACCUGCCGUCCACCUCUCGCCGGUCGUCCGCCCCAACCAACCUCCAGUUCCUCGCGGCGAGCUGCCGGUGGCGGCGGCGGGUUCUCGUUCCCGGCGCGGCACCUCCUCCCCUACGCCUCUGCGCCACGGGUUCCCCGCAGCCGCCUCUUGGCAGUGACAGCAACGCUCCGUUGUCCCGCGGAACCCGGGAGGAGGGCGAGGAAGUGGAGGAGCAGCGGCAGCCUCCGCCCCCGCCGCGGCUCAAGAUCGCCGUGGUCGGGUUCGGCAACUUCGGGCAGUUCCUGGCGCGCACGCUGGUGGCGCAGGGGCACACGGUCCUGGCGCACUCCCGGUCCGACCACUCCGCCGCGGCGGCAGCCAUGGGCGCGCGCUUCUUCCCGGACGCGCACGACCUGUGCGAGUGCCACCCGGACGUAGUGAUCCUAUCCACCUCGAUCCUGUCGGCCGAGUCCGUGGUCCGGUCGCUGCCGCUGCACCGGCUCCGCCGCGACACGCUCUUCGUCGACGUGUUGUCCGUGAAGGAGUUCCCGAAGCGGCUCCUCCUAGGCGCGCUGCCGGAGGAGAUGGACAUCAUCUGCACGCACCCGAUGUUCGGGCCGGAGUCGGCGCCCAGCGGCUGGACGGGCCUCCCGUUCGUGUUCGACAGGGUGCGCGUGGGGGACUCGUGCCCGGCGCGCCGCGCCCGCGCCGAGGCGUUCCUCGGCGUGUUCGCGCGGGAAGGGUGCCGGAUGGUGGAGAUGUCCUGCGCCGAGCACGACGCGCACGCCGCCGAGACGCAGUUCCUGACGCACACCGUCGGGAGGAUGCUGGCGGCGCUGGAGCUCCGCGCGACGCCCGUCGACACCAGGGGGUACGAGACGCUGCUCCGGCUGGUGGACAACACGUGCCGCGACAGCUUCGACCUCUACAACGCCCUCUUCAUGUACAACGACAACUCCACCGAGCUGCUCCACCGCCUCGACUGGGCCCUGGGCGCCGUCAAGAGGAGGCUCUUCGACGGCCUCCACGGCGUGCUCCGGAGGCAGCUGUUCGGCGUCGAGGACGGGGAGGGCCCGGCGGAGCGCACGGAGCUGCUGGCGGUGGUGCCGGGUGGUGGUCCGCCGGACACCGACGACCAGGGCGGUGACGGGCGCGACGGCGACGGCGACGGCGACGAGUCGGGAGAGCAGAAGAAUGAUUGAUGGCACGGGCGGCACUGCACGAGACACCGGUGUGGCAUAAAUGCACGUCGAUUCGAUCUGUCGCGGCGCGCGCCUUGCAUGCUUGUUUGAUCUUAUCCUGACGGCCACGCAUGGCUUUCGAUCUUGCUGUCUUCCUUCCUAAUAAUAACUGUGACAUGACAAGUAUAUCAUCAGUGAUCGAUGGCGUCAUU